CAGUUAACUGUCAGUCUCAGUCUAUUUUAACUUCACAACAAGUUACAAAGAUGUUUCCUCGGGAAUCCUAUUGUAGAAAGGACGAGGUGGUGAAGGUCAAAGGCCUCAGACAGGAAGAGGAGAGAUGGCUCCAUGCAUACCAACUGAAAAGGGUUGCACCAGAUCCUAGAGAGCAGAGCCCAAAGGAAAAGCACCCAAAGAUGCAGCGCCACACCACCCCUCUCAAAGACGAGGUGGUGAAGGUCAAAGGCCCCAGACAGGAAGAGGAGAGAUGGCUCCAUUCACACCAACAGAAAAAAGUUGCACAAGAUCCUAUAAAGCAGAGCCCAAAGGCAAAGUACCCUGAGAUGCAGCGCCACACCAUCCCUCAUAAGGACGAGGUGGUGAAAGUCAAAGGCCUCAGACAGGAAGAGGAGAGAUGGCUCCGUUCACACCGCCAGAAAAAGGUUGCACCAGAUCCUAGAGAGCAGAGCCCAAAGGCAAAGCACCCGAAGAUGCAGAGCCACACCACCCCUCACAAGGACGAGGUGGUGAAGGUCAAAGGCCUCAGACAGGAAGAGGAGAGAUGCCUCCGUUCACACCAACAGAAAAAGGUUGCACCAGAUCCUAGAGAGCAGAGCCCAAAGGCAAGGCACCCAAAGAUGCAGUGCCACACCACCCCUCGCAAGGACGAGGUGGUGAAGGUCAAAGGCCUCAGACAGGAAGAGGAGAGAUUGCUCCGUUCACACCAACAGAAAAAAGUUGCACCAGAGCCUAGUGAGCAGAGCCCAAAGGCAAGGCACUCGAAGAUGCAGUGCCACUCCAUCCCUCACAAGGACGAGGUGGUGAAGGUCAAAGUCCUCAGACAGGAAGAGGAGAGAUGCCUCCGUUCACACCAACAGAAAAAGGUUGCACCAGAUCCUGGAGAGCAGAGCCCAAAGGCAAGGCACCCAAAGAUGCAGUGCCACACCCCCUAUCACAAGGACGAGGUGGUGAAGGUCAAAGGCCUCAGACAGGAAGAGGAGAGAUUGCUCCGUUCACACCAACAGAAAAAAGUUGCACCAGAGCCUAGUGAGCAGAGCCCAAAGGCAAGGCACUUGAAGAUGCAGUGCCACUCCCCCUAUCACAAGGACGAGGUGGUGAAAGUCAAAGGCCUCAGACAGGAAGAGGAGAGAUGCCUCCGUUCACACCAACAGAAAAAGGUUGCACCAGAUCCUGGAGAGCAGAGCCCAAAGGCAAGGCACCCAAAGAUGCAGUGCCACACCCCCUAUCACAAGGACGAGGUGGUGAAGGUCAAAGGCCUCAGACAGGAAGAGGAGAGAUUGCUCCGUUCACACCAACAGAAAAAAGUUGCACCAGAGCCUAGUGAGCAGAGCCCAAAGGCAAGGCACUUGAAGAUGCAGUGCCACUCCCCCUAUCACAAGGACGAGGUGGUGAAAGUCAAAGUCCUCAGACAGGAAGAGGAGAGAUGCCUCCGUUCACACCAACAGAAAAAGGUUGCACCAGAUCCUGGAGAGCAGAGCCCAAAGGCAAGGCACCCAAAGAUGCAGUGCCACACCCCCUAUCACAAGGACGAGGUGGUGAAGGUCAAAGGCCUCAGACAGGAAGAGGAGAGAUUGCUCCGUUCACACCAACAGAAAAAAGUUGCACCAGAGCCUAGUGAGCAGAGCCCAAAGGCAAGGCACUCGAAGAUGCAGAGCCACACCACCCCUCACAAGGACGAGGUGGUGAAGGUCAAAGGCCCCAGACAGGAAGAGGAGAGAUUGCUCCGUUCACACCAACAGAAAAAGGUUGCACCAGAUCCUAGAGAGCAGAACCAAAAGUCAAGGCACCCGCAGAUGCAGCCCCACACCACCCCUCACAAGGACGAGGUGGUGAAGGUCAAAGGCCUCAGACAGGAAGAGGAGAGAUGCCUCCGUUCACACCAACAGAAAAAGGUUGCACCAGAUCCUAGAGAGCAGAGCCCAAAGGCAAGGCACCCGCCGAUGCAGCGCCACACCAUCCCUUACAAGGACGAGGUGGUGAAGGUUAAAGUCCUCAGACCGGAAGAGAAGAGAUGCCUCCGUUCACACCAACAGAAAAAGGUUGCACCAGAUCCUAGAGAGCAGAGCCCAAAGGCAAGGCACCCGCAGAUGCAGCGCCACACCAUCCCUCACAAGGACGAGGUGGUGAAGGUCAAAGUCCUCAGACCGGAAGAGGAGAGAUGCCUCCGUUCACACCAACAGAAAAAGGUUGCACCAGAUCCUAGAGAGCAGAGCCCAAAGGCAAGGCACCCGCAGAUGCAGCGCCACACCAUCCCUCACAAGGACGAGGUGGUGAAGGUCAAAGUCUUCAGACCGGAAGAGGAGAGAUGCCUCCGUUCACACCAACAGAAAAAGGUUGCACCAGAUCCUAGAGAGCAGAGCCCAAAGGCAAGGCACCCGCAGAUGCAGCGCCACACCAUCCCUCACAAGGACGAGGUGGUGAAGGUCAAAGUCCUCAGACAGGAAGAGGAGAGAUGCCUCCGUUCACACCAACAGAAAAAGGUUGCACCAGAUCCUAAAGAGCAGAGCCCAAAGGCAAAGCACCCAAAGAUGCAGAGCCACACCCCCUAUCACAAGGACGAGGUGGUGAAGGUCAAAGGCCUCAGACAGGAAGAGGAGAGAUUGCUCGGUUCACACCAACAGAAAAAGGUUGCACCAGAUCCUGGAGAGCAGAGCCCAAAGGCAAAGCACCCAAAGAUGCAGCGCCAAACCAUCCCUCAUAAGGACGAGGUGGUGAAGGUCAAAGUCCUCAGACAGGAAGAGGAGAGAUGCCUCCGUUCACAUCAACAGGAAAAGGUUGCACCCGAUCCUGGAGAGCAGAGCCCAAAGGCAAAGUAUCCAAAGAUGCAAUGCCACACCAUCCCUCACAAAGACGAGGUGGUGAAGGACAAAGGCCUCAGAGAGGAAGAGGAGAGAUGCCUCCGUUCACACCAACAGGAAAAGGUUGCACCCGAUCCUGGAGAGCAGAGCCCAAAGGCAAAGCACCCGAAGAUGCAAUGCCACACCAUCCCUCACAAGGACGAGGUGGUGAAGGACAAAGACCUCAGAGAGGAAGAGGAGAGAUGCCUCCGUUCACACCAACAGGAAAAGGUUGCACCCGAUCCUGGAGAGCAGAGCCCAAAGGCAAAGCACCCGAAGAUGCAAUGCCACACCAUCCCUCACAAGGACGAGGUGGUGAAGGACAAAGACCUCAGAGAGGAAGAGGAGAGAUGCCUCCGUUCACACCAACAGGAAAAGGUUGCACCCGAUCCUGGAGAGCAGAGCCCAAAGGCAAAGCACCCGAAGAUGCAAUGCCACACCAUCCCUCACAAGGACGAGGUGGUGAAGGACAAAGACCUCAGAGAGGAAGAGGAGAGAUGCCUCCGUUCACACCAACAGGAAAAGGUUGCACCCGAUCCUGGAGAGCAGAGCCCAAAGGCAAAGCACCCGAAGAUGCAAUGCCACACCAUCCCUCACAAGGACGAGGUGGUGAAGGACAAAGACCUCAGAGAGGAAGAGGAGAGAUGCCUCCGUUCACACCAACAGGAAAAGGUUGCACCCGAUCCUGGAGAGCAGAGCCCAAAGGCAAAGCAUCCAAAGAUGCAAUGCCACACCAUCCCUCACAAAGACGAGGUGGUGAAGGACAAAGGCCUCAGAGAGGAAGAGGAGAGACGGCUGGGGGAAAACAAGACAGGUGUUCAGGCUGUGCCCGAAAAAAAGAAGGGACAAGAUGCCGUCUCCCCGACUCAGACCGUCAGACAGCAGCAGAUAAAGUUUCUUGGGUUCCCGAACCCAGCAGUAUACUGUUAUAUAAACUCCACCCUGCAGAGCCUCCUGACAUUGGAGGAGUUUGUAAGCGCCUUCAGCUGUCAGGAGGAGGUCUGGAAUUCAAUGCCUGAAGCUGCACUUCUGAGAUCAUUUAUGGACAUCAAAAAGUGUCACUUUUCCGGGGACACCAGCCAUAAAAUUGACCUUCUAACUGAACUCAAGAAGACGAUUUGGUCUCCGGAGUUCCAGGAUCUCGACCAGAAGGAUGCUCACGAGUUCUUCACCACUGUGCUCGAGCAGAUGAGAUGCUUGAGCCCAAAGCUUCAGGAGAUGGCUGCCAGGUUGGGCACCUCCUACAGCUGUCCAGUGGAAGAUAACUUGGUGUUUAAAAUGCUUAACACCAGGACCUGCAAAAGGUGCGGCUCAGGAUCCUCACGAGAGGAGGAAUUUACUAACCUCUCCCUGGAUCUGGUGCCUGGAGGCGGAAGCGUGGAGCAGAUGCUUGAGGAUUACCUGUCGGAGAAGGAGUUGAAGUACAAGUGCGAGUGCGGUGGCACCAAGUCAAUCCAGCGCCUGUCAUUUCUGACCCUGCCAAGAGUGCUGGUCUUGCAUCUAAAGCGCUUCAGGUUCACUCCAUCCUUCCAGCUUCGAAAGCUCAAUGACCCCGUCAGCCUACUCAGGGAUCUGGUGGUGAUGUCAGACCAGGCUGGUUGCUGCUACAGUCUGGUCAGCACCAUUAAUCACCUCGGCUCCACACCAGAUAGUGGACACUACAUCUGUGACGGCAGGGAUCCAGAUGUGGGACAGGGGGACCGAACUGACCGCUGGUUCACCUACGAUGACGCAGAGGUGACCGAAACAAGCGGCGACUAUGUGUGUGACACGCGGAGAAGAUCCUCCUACAUCCUGACAUACAAACGUCAUGACUAGACGUUGGGACGCUCCUUAAGGCCAUUUUGAAAACCCAUUGGCAGGAGCAGCCCUGUGUGACAGGGUAAGUGUCCAGCGGUGCGUGACAAGGUAAGUGUCCAGCGGAUGUACAACGAGACCACGUCCAGUGAAUGGACGGUGAGCGCGUCUCGUGGCCAGGAGCAACAGCAGGUCACCCCCAACCCUCAGGAGGAUGGGCUCCCCCCAGAGAGCCUGGUUCCUCCCAAGGUUUCUUCCUCCGUGAAGGAGUUUUUCCUUGCCACAGUUGCCCAAAGUCACAGCAUGAGCAAUGACGUAUAAUGCAAAUUGGACGUGAUGUCAAAUACAGAUGUGGCUUGCUCUCUGGGGAAGAUGGUAAACUGAAAUUGAAUCAUUUAAUAAACUUUUUCAGUUCACCAUUAAAUUAAAAUUAAAAUUAAAUAAAUCAUUUAAAAUUAUA